AAAUACCAUGGACCAGCAUGAGCACUAUGGCGUCAAUGAGAUCGUAGACGCUCAGAAGCAAUAUGGGGACUACGAAGAAGCUCUCCAAAAAGCUAUGGAGAUGUCCCUAACCGAGGUACCAAACUCUAAUGAAGGUGCUGGAGAUGAUCCCUUGCUUUAUGAAAUUUAUGAUCUCCCACCUGAAAUGGAUGGUAAUAGAGCCGAUGACAGAGCUCGACAGCCGAGAGAAGAGAUCCAGCAAUCUGACAGAAGGAACCAGGUAGAAGAAAUCAAUAUUGGAGAUUAUGACUAUGAUGGAAUUUAUGAAGAGGCAUCUGAACAAUCAGAGAGGCAAGCUAGAGAACGGAAUCGAGAGAGAAAUCAAAGGCAAAAUAUUAGAGUCAUAGGCCAUGACUUUGAUCAAUACCACCCUGAUGAAAGACAUAAUGAUUUGCUAGCAGAGCUUCCGGAUCAUAGAAUUAGAGAGAGGCUUAAUGAUCCUCGUAUUGGGUUUGGAAUUGAAAGAAUUCCAAGGUAUCCAGAUUACCGAAGAGAGAGAAGUCCUUAUCGACCAAGAGAGAUUCAAAGAAGGCCUUAUAUGGCAAGAGAUCUCAACCCAAUGGACUUUGAACAAGUUAAUAGAAGAAGUCCUGAAAACCAAAAUUUGGAGGUUGAUGCUGAUAACAUGAAUUAUGAGCAACUCCUAGAGUUAGAGAACAACAUUGGCAGCGUUAGUAAGGGAUAUAGACAAGAGGAAAUAGAGGCUAUCCCUAUCACUUACUCCUUUCUUAAUUCUACAAGUAACUGCCCUAUUUGUCUCGAUGAUAUUGAGGAUGGGACACCCAUCCUCAGUAUUGCCUGCAGACAUGAGUUUCACAUGGAAUGUCUUAAGAAGUCAUUAGAGGAUAACAAAGGCUGUCCUGUAUGUAAAGCUGAUGCUUUUCAGUUAGUCUAA